ACUAUCCAUUUAUUAUCUUAUUUUCUAUAUGCAUACAAAUAAAAUGGUGGGAAAAGAAAAAGAAUAUGAAUAUAUUUUCAAAAAAUAAUUUUUAAUGUUAAAAAGGUGAAUUAUGUUUUAAUUAGUAUAAAAUUAAUUUGUUUUAAAAAAAAUAUUUUAAGUAUAAAAGUAUUGUGUUUUUUGUAUUUAUUUUUUUCGAAGAAUUAAUUUUUGUAAAUAAUAUUCUUUCAAAAAUAAUAUUUUAAAAAAGUUAAAAAAUCCAAGAAUAUGGGGGUGUUUGGUAGGCUGGCGGCAGUUGCAUGCAAAAGUGAGGUUGGCCGCUGCCGCUGGCCCGUGUCGUGAUACGUGGUCUCACCUCUUAUUUUUAUUUUUUUUGUUUUCCUUUCUUGGCCUCUGCAAAGCAAAGUUGGAAACGCCUUCAAUGUUACAGUAAAAUUUCCACACUAUAUAUAUAUAUAUUCUUGUAUCGCUCUCCUGGGGUGUCACUGUAAGGUCUGCUCUAUAGUUUUUGGUUUUUGGAUCUUGGGAAGUGCUUGGAUUACAGAAUCUUGGCUCGUUUUAGAUUUCAGUAAAGCGGUUUGAUUUUGAGAAUAAGGGACAGAGGUUAAAGGGUUUUCUCUGAAAUCAAGGGGAAAGAAUCGAAUUGUGCCUUUCAUCUGGGUUUGAGCGCAGAGAAGACGGACAGUUUGUUUAUUGAAAAUGGUUACUAGAACAGUGGAUCUCCGGUCUGACACAGUCACCAAACCCACUGAAACAAUGAGGGCUGCAAUGGCAAUUGCUGAGGUGGAUGAUGAUGUAUUGGUUUGUGACCCUACUGCCGAGCGCCUUGAAACAGAAAUGGCAAGGAUCACAGGGAAGGAAGCUGCUCUGUUCGUUCCAUCAGGCACCAUGGGCAACCUCAUUAGUGUGCUUGUUCACUGUGAGGUGAGGGGAAGUGAAGUCAUUCUAGGAGACAAUUCCCAUAUACAUAUAUAUGAGAAUGGAGGCAUUUCAACCCUUGGAGGUGUGCAUCCGAGGACAGUGAAAAAUAAUGAAGAUGGAACUAUGGAUAUCAAUCUCAUUGAAGCAGCCAUCAGAGAUCCAAGAGGGGAGCUUGUGUACCCAACCACAAGGCUUAUAUGCUUGGAGAACACGCAUGCCAACUGUGGUGGUAGAUGCCUUCCUGCAGAAUAUAUAGACAGAGUUGGAGAGUUAGCCAAGAAACAUGGGUUAAAGCUUCAUAUUGAUGGAGCCCGUAUUUUCAAUGCAUCAAUUGCACUUGGUGUACCAGUUCACAGGCUUUUACAAGCUGCUGACUCAGCUUCGGUAUGUCUCUCAAAGGGUUUGGGUGCUCCCGUUGGAAGUGUGAUUGUUGGUUCCAAAAGUUUUAUUGCUAAGGCUAGGAGGCUGAGGAAAACCUUAGGUGGUGGGAUGAGACAGGUUGGUAUCAUUUGUGCUGCUGCUUUAGUUGCACUGCAAGAGAACAUUGCAAAGCUUGAGGGUGAUCACAAGAAAGCUAAGAUUUUAGCUGAAGGACUGAAUCAAAUUAAGGGCCUAAAAGUCAAUGUUACUUCAGUGGAGACCAAUAUUGUAUAUUUUGAAAUAGUGGAGGGCUCAAACAUCACGGCAGAAAAACUAUGCAAGUACUUGCAAGAACAUGGCGUGCUUAUGAUGCCAGAGAGCUCGUCGAGGAUUAGAGUUGUGCUCCACCACCAAAUAUCAGGAACUGAUGUGCAGUAUACAUUGUCAUGCAUUCAGCAAGCUGUAACUGGAGUCCAUGAUUGCAACGGCGACUUGAAAGAAAUUUCUGUCUAAAAUGAUUUAGUGUUUGUGUAUGCCAUGCUCUAAAUUUCAAGGACAUAAAACAUACUGAAUCACCCUUGAGUCUCUCUGAGUGAGACUUUUUCAGUAAGAAACUGCAUUGUAUGUUGAAUGUUUUAGAAUAAUUAUGGUUUGCCUGGUUUUGGCUUUUGUUACUGUGAAACUGAAUGAAAUGUCGAAUGCUGCUUCUACA